AUGUCGACGCCUAUCACAAUCGGUCUGGGAAUACUCGGCGCUGGACUCGGAGGUCGAGUACUCUGGCAGGCUUUCCGAGGCGGUGCCGCGGCCGGGGCGAGCAAGUUUGCAAAAGGAGGGUUCCAAGGAAAGAUGGACAAGAGCGAAGCUAUGCAGGUCUUGGGACUCAAGGAUCCGUUGACGACAAACAAGCUCAAAGACGCUCAUCGACGGUUGAUGUUGGCAAAUCACCCCGAUCGAGGUGGUUCCCCGUACUUGGCAGGGAAGAUCAACGAGGCCAAGGCUCUAUUAGAGUGA